GUUAUGGUCCUGGAAAGAGCUGUGUCCGGAAAUUUCCACAAUACAAUACACCCCCCGAAGCCACGAAGGACGGAAGGAGGACGACGUCUAACGACCACCGCCGCCACCCAGCACCAGUCCGCCACUGGCCCACCGUGCCCCACCUCGAAGAGUCGAGUUAGUCGAAGACCGCAACUGCGCACUGCACGGUAACGGUUCAUCAGAACACACUUCAAAUUCUUCAAGAAAUUGCAUUAUAAUCCAUUUGACUGCAUCAAGCUGUGAAGAGUUGAUUUUCAUGCAGUGGUGGCAUUGGCAAAUCUACAGUUAGGUGUAAAUAUUUGUCUGUGUGUAUACUCAGUUACUCACACAUGCUCAAAGUAUACAUACAUUCGGGACUUAGAAAAAAAAGGCCCAAAUUUUGUUGUUGCACAGGGUCUCUAUUUUCUCAAGACCGGCCCUGCCGCCCGACCAAUAAUAGUAACCUUCACUCGUCCCGCACGGGCUCUCUUCAUUUUUCUUCAAAACCCGAUGUUUCUGAACCGAUUAAGCUUCAAAGCAAUCAAGAAGACAGUAAAAACUCUCAAUCGCACUUGGUCUAUAAGGUCUGUGAAAUUUUAUCAAAUCGGCAGAUUCAGUGGAAACAGAGCGCGGAGCUGAACUCUUUGAGCCCAAAGCUAAGACCCCACCACCUUGCAAGGGUCAUUGAAAUCCAUAACGACACUGACAUAGCUGUGCAGUUCUUCUAUUGGGUUUCUAAGAGGCAUUUUUACAAACACGAUAUCACCUGUUAUGUGUCGAUGCUAAAUAGGCUACUGCGGGAGAAGAAAUUUGAACCAGCUGACCAUGUCAAGAUAUUGAUGAUAAAGGACUGCAGAAACAUGGAAGAAAUGAAUAGGGUCGUUGAGUAUUUGAGCGAGAUAAGGAAAAAUGGUCUAGGACACAGUCUGUAUAGUUAUAAUACUCUGUUGAUUCAGUUAGGCAAAUUUGACAUGUUUGUGUCUGCUCAAAGAUUUUAUAGGGAAAUGCUAAACAAUGGCAUCCAACCAAAUUUGCUAACAUUCAACACAAUGAUAAAUAUACUGUGUAAGCAAGGGAAGGUGAAGGAGGCUUAUUUGAUUUUGAGUCAAGUGUACGGGUAUGGGAUGCUUCCAGAUGUCUUCACAUACACAUCCCUCAUGCUUGGGCACUGCAGAAACAUGAACAUAGAUUCAGCCUUUCUGGUUUUUCAACAGAUGCUAAAUGAGAAUAUUCAUCCAAAUGCAGUAACUUACUCAACUCUCAUAAAUGGGCUGUGCAGCCAUGAGAGAGUUGAUGAAGCUUUAAAUAUGCUGAAGGAGAUGACUGAGAAAGGGAUUGAGCCGACUGUGUAUACUUACACACUCCCAAUCACUUCACUGUGUAGGACUGGACGUGUUGAUAAGGCUAUCGAUCUUGUGAUGAUCAUGAGAAAGAGAGGCUGCAAACCGAACGUUCAAACAUACACUGCCCUCAUGAGUGGGAUUUCUUGUUCUGGCCGUCUUAAGUUGGUGAUUGGUUUGUUCAACAAGAUGUUCAGAGAGGGCGUGAUUCCAACCAUAGUAACAUGCAACGUGCUGAUCAAUGAAUUGUGUGGUGGGAGAUUCAUAGAUAGGGCCCGUAGUUUUCUUCAAUGGAUGAAGGCUCACGGUUAUCCACCAAACUCUGAAACCUACAAUACCCUCAUUCACGGGUUUUGCUCAAUGGGAAACAUAGAGUGGGGAAUGAUUCUUUUGAAUGAAAUGCUAAAGUCAGGCCCCACACCGACAGUCAUCACGUACAAUACACUCAUCAAAGGGUACCUUGAAGGUGGUCUAUUGGAGAACACUGUUAGACUGUUGCACUUGAUGAAGAGUUGUGGACUUAAACCAGAUGAGUGGACUUACGCAGAACUUGUCUUUGGUUUCUGCAAAAGAGGGAAGCUCGAUUCAGCCAUAGCUUUCUUUGAAGAAAUGAUCACACAAGGUUUGUGUCCAAACAAGAUAAAUUACACGACAUUAAUAUAUGGUCUUGCUACAGCAGAAAAAGUGGACGAUGCAAUUUCUUUAUUUAAACGAAUGGAGAAAGAGGGUUGCAGUCCGGGAAUUGAGACUUAUAAUGCCAUUAUAAAUGGUUUAUCAAAAUCUAACCGACUUCCUGAAGCAGAGAUAAUGUGCAAUAAAUUAGCUGAGAGUGGUUUGGUCCCUAGUGUCAUCACUUACACAACAUUGAUUGAUGGGCUGUGUAAGAACGGCGAUACACUAAAUGCAUUUAAGAUAUUCAGAGAAAUGGAAAACGGGAAUUGCCCGCCGGACUUGUUUACUUAUAGUUCGCUCAUCCACGGUUUAUGCCUCAAAGGGCAGGCAUAUGAAGCAGAGAUUCUACUCAAAGAAAUGGAGAUGAAGGGAUUGGUUCCUGAUCAUGUAACUUAUACCUCUUUAAUUGAUGGAUUUGUAGCUUUGGGUGGGUUAGAUCAUGCGUUCUUACUUUUCUCCAAGAUGAUUCAUAGUGGGUGCCAACCAAAUUAUAGAACCUAUAAUGUGCUUUUGAAGGGUUUGCAGAAUGGAAAGGAUUGUUAUAGUUUUGAUGUUUUGUGUAGUUUAUUGGACAGAAUGUCAGAAAACAGAUGUGGGCCCAGUUUAGAUACAUACUCUACCCUAGUGGUUGGGCUUUGUAAAGAAUGUAAAGUUGAUGAGGCUGAGAAGUUGGUUACGCAUAUGAAGGGAAAAGGUUUAUGUCCAGAUGAUGCAAUGGAAAGCUCACUUUUGUGUGCCUAUUGCAAGGGAUUGGAUGUGAGGCCUGCUCUUGAAAAUUUCCGCUCUCUGACUUCGAAAGGUGUUAUACUUUCCUUAAAUAUUUACCGGCUACUCAUUUCAGCUCUCUGUAAAGCAAAGUGGCUGAAAGAAGCAGAGGAUGUGUUUAUGAGCAUUCUUGAGCAAAAAAGGAACUGUGAUGAGAUUGUUUGGACCGUAUUGGUCGAUGGUUUGCUGAAGGAAGGGGAAUCAGAAAUGUGUAUGAAGCUUCUACACAUCAUGGAAUCCAAGAAUUACUCUCUUAAUGUGCAGACAUAUCUUAUACUGGGAAGAGAGUUAUCCCAAACAGAUACAUGUAUUGAUACUCAGGAAAUUGGUAAUAAGUUGAGAUUUAUGAAGACAUGAGAAAUAAGUACAAGUAUAUUUCUUGAAUCUCAAGGAUCUGAAACAUGGUGGAGAUUUUCUGUCGGGGAUGCAUUAAUUUUUUCCCUCUACUGCAUCUUCGAGAGACGAUUCCUAUGUCUGAUUUCUCAUCUCAGAUGAACACACGUAAGACAGAAUUGUGGUGGCAGAUUGCCGCCUGAACCCUGGGUGGAACAGUCGAACAUUUUCAGGUAAAAAGGUUCACAAGUCAGCAUCUUGACUUUACUACAUUGCAAUAUAGUGUUGUAACAGAGACUAGGGAUAUUUUUGACCCCUGAAAAUGUUAGAGAAAUACAGGAAAGAAGAGCUUGAGGAAGUUAUAUUCUUGUCUUCAGUUUUACCUCUUAAAAUGCAAAGGAAGAUGGAAUGAUUAAUGUUUUUAAUAUUUUUCAAAUGCUUAGUUUUUAGACUAAUUAAUAGAAAUAAAUAAAUAAAGUGUGUUUGAAUAAAUAUAAAAAUAAUGCUUCCCUCGUGUUCUUUCUUCUAUAUUUUUCCCAACAUUUUCCAUUCUUGUGUUCUUUUCAUGAGAACUACUACCUUCUAGUUCCCAGCAUUUUCCUAGUUCCAAUAAUAUUUUCCAUAAUGUCAUGGAAAUACUACCUUCUAUAGAAAAAGAUACAAUAGUAUAUGUAAACCUUAUAGAAAUCAUCACAGAACGUAUUGUAAAUGGAAAACUUACCCUUUUUCCUAUUUGUUCCUUUGAAGGAUCGUUCAAUACAUACAGAUCUGGUUGUGAUAUGUCCAUAACUUUUUUUUUCCAUUGAUGAUAAACAUGAAACACCGAGGUAUUGAAUUUAGGAGAAGAAACACAGGCUUUAGUGUGUCACAAAUAGGUAAUGUAUUCAUUUCAUUUUUCUUCCCUGUUCUUUGAAUGAAAACUGAAGAUAUAAGCUGAAGUGAAGGAGUAAUAGGUUUCCGUGCAAAAUGUAAAUUCUUGGCACGCAUUAGUUCUGUGUUUCAGGGUUUAACAAGCCUGAAGGAAGGCUUCAUAGGAAUGCAUAAGAAUUAGGCGAGUUUUUUUGGGAGCGUGAUAAUCAUCAUUGAUUUUGUUUUCCACAAAAGAGAUGUAAACAUCAUCAUUGAAUUAUGCAAAAGCAUUAUAUGUUUAAUCAUAAUUCGUGAAAGAGGGGUUUCAUAAAGAUCUUGUACAGUACUGACCAUGAAUUUGUAUUUUUUUGGGGUGUCAGUGUGAAAAGUUGAUGGGGGUGAUUGGUGUUCCCAGUUCCCACCAUAUUCAAUGGCAAAAAAGCUUUCGAUGUAAUUUUUUCCGCAGUACUUCAUUGUAUGUUGUAAUACAGGAGUAAUGCUGUUAAAUCUUCCUAUUUAGCAACAAAAUAUUGACCAAACACAAGAACAACGAAAUAAACCAAUCUCCUAUCAAGAACGUGUGCUAUGCCUUUGUUAGUAUUUCAUUUUACUCUGGAAUAUGUUAUUGGAGGAUCGCUUUGUUCUCCGAGAAAGUGCGCCAUGAGCCGGUUUGGUAACUAUGAAAUUGGUUGAAUCUAGUGAAAUGACUUAAGUUAUGGCUGAAACAAUUGAACUGAUGCUGAAUUGUGGUGGCAGAUUGCUGCCUGAACCCUGGGCGGAACAGUCUAACAUUUUCAGGUAAAAAGGUUCACAAGUCGGGUCGGCAUCUUGACUUUACUACAUUGCAAUAUAGUGUUGUAACAGAGACUAGGGAUAUUUUUGACCCCUGAAAAUGUUAGAUAAAUACAGGAAAGAAGAGCUGAUAUUAGUGCAAGAGUCCUUGAUAUGAAAAAGUUAUUAGCGUAAAAGUUAUUUUUCUAAUAUAGUUGUGUGCUAAUACUUUUGAGAUCAUUCUUUUCCUAUACUUGUAAUAAAGACAUGUUUAAGUUCAUGUGGUUGUGAUUGUAAUUUCAAUCUAUUCCAAAGUGACCAUUGUUGAUU